AUGCACACACCCACACACAGCUCAUCAGCACACAGCCGCAAAGGCCAUCGCUCCCAGGAGCAGCAGUGCACACACCGCCGCAGGAACGCUGCUGCCAUCCCCGGGCAGAGCAGACUUCGCACGGCCAAGCUCCUGACUGCGUCAGCAUCUUCAUUCGCUACGUUCUCAGCGCUGGCCUUUGCCCUCGAGGCCGUCUGCUCCGCCUUCUUUGCCCCCUCCCCCCUCCCCAGUCACCUGCACUGCAGCAGCACCUCUUUCGGCUUCCCGGGUGUUUGCUUUUUCGGCCACAAUCGCCCCCGCACUUCUUUACUAAUGGGAAGCAGCCGAGUUCCCCUUAACGUCCUUGGACGCACCGCGGACGAUGGCACGUGCGUCCUUGGCUCGCCGCGCUGCCGCUGCCGUGGUCACACCCUGUGCAGGCGUCGCAACUACUCCUGCCGCUUCUCCGGCACUGAAAGAGACGGCUGGGCAGCACAUAGCCACCGCACACCACAAGCACCCCGUUGGUUCUAA